AUAAAAACCAAUUCAUUUUAUAAUAAGCUCAAACUUUCAAACACAGAAAAUCUCACAAACCAAACAGUAUUACUGCACAACAACAAAGAUCCUUCAGACUAUGGAGUCUGUGGUGUCUCAGCUAGAAGGCACGCUUCUGAAGGACUCCGAUGCAUUCUCUUAUUUCAUGUUGGUGGCGUUUGAAGCAUCAGGUUUGGUUCGUUUCGCCUUGUUGCUUGCGCUAUGGCCUGUGAUUCGGUUACUUGACAUGGUUGGCAUGGACGAUGCGUCUCUCAAUUUGAUGAUCUUUGUGGCUGUGGCGGGGGUUCCCAAGUCUGAGAUUGAGUCCGUGGCAAGAGCAGUUUUGCCCAAGUUCUACAUGGAUGAUCUCGACAUGGACAAGUGGAAGGUGUUCAGCUCUUACGAGAAGAGGAUUGUGGUGACGAAGACGCCAAAAAUCAUGGUGGAGAUGUUCGUCAAGGAGCAUCUUCACGCUGAUGAGGUCGUCGGAACCCAACUCUCCUUCAAUAGGUUUGACCUCGCCACUGGUUUUCUCCAUGCUGACUCCACUAACACCAUUUUUCAAAGGGUCGCCAACCUUCUCAACAAUGGCGCGCCCACUUUGGUUAUGGACCAAUCACAUCCACCAGAUUUGACAGGCCAAAACUACGAGCACCAGCUGCUCCGGCCGCUUCCGGUGAUUUUCCACGACGGCCGCCUUGUGAAGCGGCCAACGCCGUCCACUUCCCUACUGAUCCUACUAUGGAUUCCGGUGGGUAUUGUACUCGCCAUUAUCCGCAUCGCCAUUGGCUCCGUUCUACCCUUUUGGGCCAUUCCCUACAUGUCAUGGCUAUUCGGUGGCAAGGUCAUCGUAAAGGGAAAACCACCCCUCCCUCCCUCCGGCGGCAACGCCGGCGUCCUCUUCGUCUGCACCCACCGCACCCUAAUGGACCCAGUCGUCCUCUCCUCCGUCCUCCUCCGCAAAAUCCCGGCGGUCACGUACUCCAUCUCGCGGUUAUCGGAGAUCCUCUCUCCCAUUCCCACCGUAAGGCUCACGAGAACACGCCAUGUGGACGCUGAGAAAAUCAAACGAGAGUUAUCGAAAGGUGACUUAGUAGUGUGCCCCGAAGGAACAACAUGUCGCGAGCCUUUCCUUUUGAGGUUCAGUGCCCUCUUCGCUGAACUCACUGACCGGAUAGUGCCCGUGGCCAUGAACUACAGGGUAGGGUUCUUCCACGCCACAACUGCGAGAGGUUGGAAGGGUUUGGACCCAAUUUUCUUCUUCAUGAACCCUAGACCGGUGUACGAGGUUACUUUCUUGAACCAGUUGCCGGUAGAAGCGACGUGUUCUUCGGGGAAGAGUCCACAUGACGUGGCUAACUACGUGCAGAGGAUACUAGCGGCGACGCUAGGGUUUGAGUGCACGAACUUCACUCGAAAGGACAAGUACAGGGUGUUGGCGGGGAAUGACGGCACUGUGUCUCCCACUUUUUCAUUGGUGGAUCACAUGGUGAAGGUGGUGAGAACGUUCAUACAGUAAAAGAUUAGUUAUGCUAAUCAUUAUUAUCAUUAUGAGACUUUAUGAUUGAUUAAUUGUUUUAUUUUGUUAAUCUGUAUGUAUGUAUGAAUGGAUGGAUGCUAGCUUGUGUACCCAACAUCAUAAAUUUCUGUAUUGUAUAAUCUUCCUUUUGGAUAUUAAAUGUAGAUUAAUAAGUUUUUAAUUUGGA